AUGGAUAGGGAACUGAGUAACCUACCUAAUCUUAUUGUAGAAAUUUUCAGGAUCAAGGAUUGUACCAUGCAAACUAGAAAUGCUUUUUCUUGGAUAAAGAAAGAGAUUACUCGAUCUAUUUCCGUAUUGCUCAUGAUCUAUAUAAUAACUCGAGCACCCAUUUCAAAUGCAUAUCCCAUUUUUGCCCAACAAGGUUAUGAAAAUCCUCGAGAAGCUACCGGCCGGAUUGUAUGUGCUAAUUGCCAUUUAGCUAAUAAGCCCGUAGAUAUUGAGGUUCCACAAGCGGUACUUCCCGAUACUGUAUUUGAAGCAGUUGUUCGAAUUCCUUAUGAUAUGCAAGUGAAACAAGUUCUUGCUAAUGGGAAAAAGGGGGCUUUGAAUGUAGGAGCUGUUCUUAUUUUACCAGAGGGUUUUGAAUUGGCCCCUCCUCAUCGUCUUUCGCCCCAGAUUAAAGAAAAGAUAGGUAAUUUGUCUUUUCAAAGCUAUCGUCCCACAAAAAAAAAUAUUCUUGUCAUAGGCCCCGUUCCUGGGAAAAAAUAUAGUGAAAUUACCUUUCCUAUUCUUUCUCCGGAUCCUGCUACUAAGAGAGAUGUUUACUUCUUAAAAUAUCCUCUAUACGUAGGCGGGAACAGGGGAAGGGGUCAGAUUUAUCCCGACGGAAGCAAGAGUAAUAAUAAUGUUUCUAAUGCUACAGCAACAGGUGUAGUAAACAAAAUAAUACGAAAAGAAAAAGGUGGAUAUGAAAUAACGAUAGUAGAUGCAUCAGAUGGACGUGAAGUGAUUGAUAUUAUACCGCCAGGACCAGAACUUCUUGUUUCAGAGGGUGAAUCUAUCAAACUUGAUCAACCAUUAACGAGUAAUCCUAAUGUGGGUGGAUUUGGUCAGGGGGAUGCAGAAAUAGUGCUUCAAGAUCCAUUACGUGUCCAAGGUCUCUUGCUCUUCUUGGCAUCUAUUAUUUUGGCACAAAUCUUUUUGGUUCUUAAAAAGAAACAAUUUGAGAAGGUUCAAUUGUCCGAAAUGAAUUUUUAGGAAUGUGAAUUUAUCAACAUAUUAAGCUGGUAAAAAGAACUCCAUUUUUAUUGAUAAAUUCUGUAAAGACCAUUGGUUCUUUCUAGUUUUUUUAUACUAUAUUUAGAGAAUUCCUUGUACCGUACAAUUAGUCAGUUAUAGUAUGUAUAUUGUGAAGAAGACUAUAGAAUUAAUUCGAACCAUAUGAUUAUGUCGCUGUUUUCAGAUUUUCAUGUUCUAGAAUAGAAAUCUUCGAAUUUCUAUUGUAAUAGAAUUAACUCGAUACUAAACCUAAAAAAUAGGUAGGUACAGAAUAUUAAGUAAAGUAGAAAUAGAAAAGCGGAAAACAGGAUUCUAGGAUGGAUAAGUUGUCUUUUCCUAGAGUCCGAUUCCUUAUUGUUUAUGUCGAAAUAGAUACGUAGUGAAGGAAUGGACAAAAAAAAAAGAGCGGGAAUUGAAUUCACCAAAUACAAGUUUCUUAAUUAACUUCAAAAAAAAAAAAACAAUUGAAUCAUGAGUCUAUAUUAGAAAUAUAUUUCUAGUAAGAUUCCGUUUUCAUUCAGAUCCUAAAAACAGGAUCUGGAAUUUUUUGAAACAUAGAAUAAAGUUAUCUAUUGACUGACUUACAAAAAUAUUCUGAUUAUGAAGAACUCAACGGGACCCACUCGAAUUCAUCAAAGAAAGAGUGGAUCCCUGUUGAGUUCUUAUGCUUUC